CCCUGGCGGUCGGGCGCCCAGUCAGUCGUCUUCCAGCCGUGAGCCAGUGCGCGUCGAGCCAGCCGCUCCACAACUCCCUCCAGGCAGGCCGGACGAGUAUGAAUAAAAAGUCUCAUCCUAAGGAAAAGCAUAAAAAAGCUGAAAGUCUAGCGGAACUCAAAGAAGAGUUGGACACAGAUUUCCACCAAAUCACCAAGGAGGAAUUAUGCCGUCGGUUCGGCACUCAUCCGGAGAAUGGACUAACUCACGCUAAAGCGAAGGCGUACCUGCAGCGCGACGGGCCGAACACGUUGACCCCGCCGAAACAGACUCCAGAAUGGGUCAAGUUCUGCAAGAAUUUGUUUGGGGGCUUCUCCUGUCUCCUGUGGAUAGGAGCUUCUUUGUCCUUCAUGUCUUAUGUCAUGCUAGCAGUAACUACAGACAAGCCAGAUGAGGAAAAUCUCUACCUGGGCCUCGUGCUUGUCGCGGUGGUCAUUGUCACUGGACUUUUCUCCUUCUACCAGGAGCGCAAGAGCUCUAAGAUCAUGGAGUCUUUCAGGAGCAUGGUCCCCCAGUUCGCGGUAGUGUUCCGCGAGGGGGAGAAGCUGACACUGCCCGUGGACCAGUUGGUGCGUGGAGACAUCGUCGAGGUGAAGUCUGGGGACCGAGUGCCCGCAGACAUCCGCAUCUUGGAGUCGCGUGGGUUCAAGGUCGAUAACUCGUCGCUGACGGGCGAAUCGGAGCCGCAGAGCCGCAGCCCGGACUGCACCAACGAGAACCCUCUGGAGACCAAGAACCUUGCCUUCUUCUCCACCAAUGCCGUCGAAGGAAACUGCAAGGGCAUCGUGAUCAGCUGUGGCGACAACACGGUGAUGGGGCGCAUAGCGGGGCUGGCGUCGGGUCUGGAGACCGGCGACUCUCCCAUUGCCAAGGAGAUACACCACUUCAUCCACCUCAUCACAUGCCUGGCCGUGUCGCUGGGCAUCACCUUCUUCUUCAUCGCCUUCAUUCUGGGCUACCAUUGGCUUGAUGCCGUCGUCUUCCUUAUUGGUGUGAUCGUGGGAAAUGUGCCAGAGGGGCUGCUGGCCACUGUAACGGUGUGCCUCACGCUGACGGCCAAGCGCAUGGCCUCCAAGAACUGCCUGGUGAAGAACUUGGAGGCAGUGGAGACUCUGGGCUCCACCUCGGUCAUUUGCUCCGACAAGACUGGCACCCUCACCCAGAACAGGAUGACUGUGUCGCACCUGUGGUACGACGACGAGCUGUAUGAUGCCGAUACCACCGAGGACCAUACUAGUGAGAACGUGCUAAAUGCCAGUCCUGCGUACAAGGCCCUGAUGCGCAUCGCGACGCUUUGCAACAGAGCAGAGUUCCAGUCGGGUCAGGAUAACGUGCCCAUUCUCAGAAGGCAGGUGACGGGUGACGCGUCGGAGGCAGCUGUGCUGAAGUUCACGGAACAGACGUUGGGCAACGUGAUGGAGACGCGCAAGGGCGCCAAGAAGGUGUGUGAGGUGCCGUUCAACUCGACCAACAAGUACCAGCUGUCGAUACACGAGACGACAGAGCUGGGGGAGCCGCGCCACCUGCUGGUGAUGAAGGGCGCGCCCGAGCGCAUCCUCGAGUGCAGCUCGACCAUCUUCAUCAACGGUGAGGAGCGGCCACUGGACGACGAGAUGAAGGAGGCGUUCAACGACGCCUACCUGGACCUGGGUGGCCUGGGCGAGCGGGUGCUAGGGUUCUGCGACCUGAUGCUGCCGAUGGACAAGUUCCCGCUCGGGUUCAAGUUCGAUGGCGAGAACCUCAACUUCCCCAUCUCAGGACUGCGCUUCGUGGGACUCAUGUCCAUGAUAGACCCUCCGCGCGCAGCCGUGCCUGACGCCGUGUCCAAGUGCCGCUCGGCGGGCAUCCAGGUCAUCAUGGUGACCGGUGACCACCCCAUCACCGCCAAGGCCAUAGCCAAGUCCGUCGGCAUUAUCUCCGAAGGCAACGAGACGGUGGAGGACAUCGCGCAGCGCCUCAACGUGCCAGUGUCGCAGGUGAACCCGCGCGACGCCCGCGCGGUCGUCAUCCACGGCUCCGAGCUGAAGGACCUCACCAUGUACCAGCUCGACGAGAUAUUGAGGCACCACAACGAGAUCGUGUUUGCGCGGACGUCGCCGCAGCAGAAGCUGCUGAUAGUCGAGGGCUGCCAGCGCAUCGGGCACAUCGUCGCGGUCACCGGCGACGGGGUCAACGACUCCCCGGCGCUCAAGAAGGCAGACAUCGGGGUGGCCAUGGGCAUCUCCGGCUCGGACGUGUCAAAGCAGGCGGCGGACAUGAUCCUCCUGGACGACAACUUCGCGUCGAUCGUGACGGGCGUGGAGGAGGGCCGGCUGAUCUUCGACAACCUGAAGAAGUCCAUCGCGUACACGCUGACGUCCAACAUCCCGGAGAUCACGCCCUUCCUGGCGUUCAUCCUGGUGGGCGUGCCGCUGCCGCUGGGCAGCAUCGCCAUCUUGUGCAUCGACCUGGGCACCGACAUGGUGCCGGCCAUUGCGUUGGCCUACGAGAGCGCGGAGACAGACAUCAUGAAGCAGCCACCUCGCAAGCCGGGGGUCGAUGGACUCGUGAAUGGCAGGUUGAUUUCCAUGGCAUACGGCCAGAUCGGGAUUAUCCAGUCGGCGGCCGGCUUCUUCACAUACUUCGUGAUCAUGGCGGAGAACGGCUUCCGGCCGAUGCGCCUGAUUGGCCUGCGCAAAUACUGGGACUCCAAGUCCAUCAAUGACCUGGUGGACUCGUACGGACAGGAGUGGACGUACCACAACAGGAAGGACCUGGAGCACACCUGCAGCACGGCCUUCUUCGUGUCCAUCGUCGUGGUGCAGUGGGCGGGACUCAUCAUCUUCAAGACACGCCGCAACUCCAUCCUCGACCAGGGCAUGAGGAACUGGCCUCUCAACUUCGGCCUGCUAUUUGAGACUGCGCUGGCUGCCUUCCUCUCGUACACACCCGGCAUGGUCAAGAUGUUCCGCAUGUACCCUCUCAAGUUCGUGUGGUGGCUGCCGGGAAUCCCAUUUGCACUGGCGAUAUUCACGUACGACGAGUGGCGUCGCUACUACAUCCGUCACCACCCGGGCAGCUGGCUGGAGCGAGAGACGUACUACUAGACCUGCCUGCCCUGCGUCUCUGCCAUCGAACACAUUAACCUUCUCUUUUUUUACUUAACACCACUGCUGUGUACAUACAUAUAUAUUUUUAUAGGAGCUAAUUUUGUGUAGAUGUAGGUGUCACUGCCGCAAACACGUCGGCAAAGUAUUUUUAUAGACACAUUUUUAUGGUUAGCCCACCUGUCGUGUAUCUGGAGAGUCAAGUCACAAUGAGGUCCUAGGAAAGACUAUGAAUGUGAUUGUGGACUGCAUGCUGAUAGGCUGUUCUGCUGUAGGUAAUGGGGAAACAGUAGUCAAGCUCUGAGAAGUGGGAAACUCAUGCAAAGCCCAUCAUUGGAUGGUUUAUUUGUUAAUAGAACUGUCAGAAAUUAGCAUCAUGGAAAAUUCUCUAUGUACUUAAUACUUACCUGUAAAAUGAAGAGAUUAUAAAAUUUCACAUUAAUUUCACACUUUCAACAAUCAAUUUUCAAUGCAGACAACAUUGAAUAUAUCGUGUAUAGUACUUUAAAGUAGGUUUGGCAUCAAGAUAUAGCUUAAAAUUUAAUUAUUUAAACUUAGGGGUACGUCUGUUGGGAGUUCCAUUUGUAAACAACAAUAUUGUUUACAUCUGCAGAUGUUAGCAGAAGUUAGCUGAUGAUGAUCAUCUAUGAGCAGACAGGAUUCAGUCAACAUACAUGUAUCCAUAACCUUUUUCUUCCCAAGUUUGAAACAUACUCUGGAAAUGCGUUCUGAGCUGGGUGUGUGUGUGUGUGUCUUGUCCCUUCCAGGUACACAGGAGUCGAGUUAGGCAGGGCGACAGUUUUUAGUGGGGUAAUGUUUAAAUAAUGUUGUAUAAUUAAUAUUAACAAGUAUUUGUUACGUUUUUGGAUAUAAAGUCUAAUGUUGUCGUUGAAAUUAAAUAAUUUUUUUUUAAGUUUGCAAGUGACAUAGUUGUCAUUAAAUAUUAACUCUCUUACUUAAUAGUACCUGUAAUGUGAACGAAAGGAAUUUUACUUCCUUGAAGCAUUUUUAGUAAAGUUGUAAUGACAUUUCCAAGUCUGAAUAUCUUACAGCAAAACAUUAUUUUGCUUAAUAUUUUGUGACAGUAUUUUGACACUUGAGUAUUCUUAUGAAUGAGUUUGGUUUACUUUGCCUAUUGUUUACUUAGAAAGAAAUUUUUUUUAUAACCAAAUGUAAAUAUUUAAUGCCAGGAAACAAAAAUGUUAUAAUGGGAAUGUAGCCUGCUGUGGUUUAUGGCUCUUCACUAUGAGUGCAAGAGUUGAUAAAAGGCACUUAAAUUGAAAUGUGCUUGACAACCAUCUAGAUAGUUUUUUUUUAUAGUAUUCAAGAUGCAUGGUACUUGUAAAUGAUAAGUUAGAAAACCUUUUUAAAAAUAGAAUUAUGAAUAGAAAAUUUUUUUUUAUAUGAGAAAUAAUAAAAAAAUUUAUUGAGCAAAUGAUAUAUGAUUAAUAAUAAUAUUUUAUUGGUAGGAACAAGAGUAUAUGGUGAGUUGCGAUAAAACCAAAAUAACACCAAAAAUAAUGUCAGUACACCAUAUAACACUGAUUUGUAAGUUAAUACACCAUAAGGCAUCGAAAUGCAGGUAAUUAAUCAACAUUUUAAAUUAAAACUUAACUCAAACAUAACAUUUAAUAAAUCGAAUUCAAUGUAAUAAACCAGUAUGGAGUUUUUAUAAAAUUGUAUGUAACCAAGUAGGUUGGAAAAAUUAAUUUUACUCUUUUUUUUUAUCUUAAAAUUGUUAUUAGUAACUCAUUUUUAUAUUACAACGUUGGCUUAUUUUUCAAACAAGUACUUGCAGAUUAUUUUUAUUGUUCCAAGUGUAUCCAUCAUCUAUCAGUCAAAAUUACACUGUUUUGGUGAAAUAAGUAUCAUGAAAUAUUUGUGUGUCAUGUGUGUGCAAUAAAAUGUUAUUUUAAUGAAUAAACAGAAUUCAUACAAAAUAUAAAUUAUAACACCAAAAUCUCCUGUUUUAAAAAUGUAAUAGGUCUAAAAAUAAAACCAUAAAAUAUUUAUUCUCUAUUUAUGGGAAAUCCUAACUCUGGCAUUCUAGCCUUAUAACUCUUAUUUUUAAUAAUAUAGUUGUAUUGAUACUAGUAAUGGGUUGGAUCCCAAAUUUUUGAAUCAGAAUCUCGAAUUUGAAUCCCACAGAGUACAUUGAAUAUACAUACCCCUCAAAUCCGAAUCUAGGUGUCAAGGGUCAAAAAUAAAAUAACAUGUUAAAACAUUCUACCCUUUGAAUGCUGUUUCAUAAAUUAUAUUUCCAGAAUCAAUACAAUUUUAAUUUUAUUUAAAUAAUUACAUGUUAAAAGUACAAUAUUUAUCUUGGAGAACGUUAACAGGAUAUUUAUGAAGCAAAAAAAAUUGACAUAGUAAACUUUACAGGUUUUCAUUGUUAAAUUUUUUAUUAUACUUUACUUCAUUUAAUAUUUUCCUCGAAUAUUUAUUCCUUCAAAUAAUGACUUUAUGGUAUUUGAGGAUUUUAUUGGACCAUCCCCUAAUUAAUACAAUACCCACUGACACCAAUAGUUGUAUUGUAUGCACAUAGUAAAUAAGUAUAUUUCCAACAAUAGCUACACUUCAAAAAAAAAAAGGGGGGGGGGGGAGGACAUGUGACCACCCCAUGUGUUAGAAGUGAAACUUCACAAAUAGAGGAAUAGGAAAUUUGAAGUGUACAUGAAUAUUUUAAACAUGUGUACAAGUAUAAAAGUGUGUAACAAUGUGUGCGAUUAUUAAAGAGCAGAAGUAUGUGAGCAUGUAUGUUGAAUGAGCAGGUAUGCAAGUACGCAAGGUAUUUUCGGCAAAAAAUAGCUAAAAUAUGAUACGUAAAUUCAUGUUGCACUUAUCAUUACCCUCUGAGCGUUACACUUUUCAUUACGCUCUGAAUGUCAUCACAUCAACUUAAUCUUCCAAAUAUAAAAAAAGUUUCACUUCAAAACAAUUUUAUUAUAACAUGAAUUAGCUAUGGGUAAAACGAAGCAUACAAUUUCAUAAAGUAUCAGAAUUUCAAAACAGAAGUUGACAAAUCAAUGUUCUUAUCAUUCUAUCAAAACACACCCUUUGUUCGGUGUGCAACUAAACUUGAAACAGUAUUUAAAAUUCAAUGAGUAAUUUUGUCCACACAAGUUUUUGAAUAUGAAAAUGUUUGGUGUAAAACUUCAAUAUAUGUAAGACCAAAGAUAAAAUUUUUUUUGUAUACUUUUACCAUCUCUGAUAUUGUGUUUAAGUAUGUGUGUUACAAAAGAAGCUUUACUACUGUAGUGAAUGGCGAAGUGGUAUACUUUUACCAUCUCUGAUAUUGUGUUUAAGUAUGUGUGUUACAAAAGAAGCUUUACUACUGUAGUGAAUGGCGAAGUGGUAGAAGAAGCCCAAAAAUUUAAAAUAUGGAAAUUAUUCAACAGUUUUUAUUGGAUUGUUGUAGCUGAAUGUGCAUCCAUUUGUUACAUGGCGGACAUCAAAAGCUUCAUCAUGUGCCAUGGAAUUUAGAGUUUAAAGCAAGUCCACAGUUUGGGUAGGGGUGGGCACACUCACCCUCAAGGGCGGACUUCUGAAGGUGUCGGUUCCACAGGGCCAGUGGACGAGCGAUAGGCACAGCCCCACUGGACCACAGAGCUGGAGAAUUCUGGUACUCGCAACCUCUCCACAUCUUUUAGCACCUCUCUGGCUUCUUUCUUGUGUCCUGGACAUUGUCGCUGUACUUAGAAGCAUGUCUAGAUAUGUAGUCUGUCAUGCAAAAGUUCCAUGAAGGCAUGUAGAUUUUUUAAAAUUCUACAUUUCUGGCCAUUGUUAUAUUUAGUAUUGUAACGAGACCUUAUAUAGCUCCAAAUUAUUGAUUUGACGAUUCAUUAUUCAUUUUCACUAGUAGCAAAAUUUCUUACAAGCAUUUUAAACACCACACUAUUUGACUUACACCAUGACUCGUCACACACUACAACAGUUCUCUGUGUUGUGAUGAGCUGCAUGUAUUUUGAAUGCAGCUAAACUUUAAAUAUGUUCUACAGAGUUUUAUCAGCAUACAGAGCAUCUAAACCAAAUGUAGUCUGCAGGUAUACUCGAAGGUUUCAUGCUAUAAUCUGCCUCAAAUUUCUUUUCUUUUUGUGUAGCAGAUAUUGCUUCUUUGAAAAUAAACACAGUUUUUUAUGCACCUGUGAAAGAGGCUAUGUCAAUAUCACAGUUGUGGGCACUUGUGGUGGCAGUUUGCAGUACUAAUAAUUUUGGUGCAAAUUAAAGUUGAUGUGCGGCUUGAUCUGAGUAUUUAAUGUUAUUGUGCGUGAUCUUUAGCUAAUAAUUUGUAUUAUUUGAAGUAUUGUAAAGCUUCUUUUGAAACUUGUUGAUGGCAAUGGUCUAUCAUAGUAGCUUCAACAGUCAUACAAUGGCCUUGUUACUUAAUCCUGCUUGUUACUUAUUCCUGCUGAUACGCCCACAUAUCAGGCAUGAACUCGGCAGUGUACAACCCGAGGGCACAAUAAGGGAACUUGAAGCAUUUAUGUGUGUCAUGUUUGAACAACUUCCAAGUACCACCUGCAAACAGUUUAUUGUCUAGUAUAGAUAAUAAUUCAAGAACCAGGUUAUAUUUGUUUACAGAAUUUGUAUUCCAAUUUUAUUAUUGUAAUUUUUAUUUUGUAAAUAUUGUUUAUAAUCACAAACAAAUAUUAUAAUGUAGGUAAUAUACUGUUAUUAGCAAGUGUAAUGUAUGAUGGUGUACUUAAAAUCUUUUUGAAAGCAAUUAUAAGUGAAACUUAAGAGUUAAAAGAUUAAAAACCUUGUUUUCUGGGAAUGUGAAGAAAACAUCACAGACUUGUUCAUAACUUUUAAGCAAUACUGGUUUAAGUUGUUGUGGGGGGAAAAUGUUUAAAAUUGUUAUGUAAAGCUUAAAUGAUUACUGUUCAUGUUUUAACAUUGUAAAUAUCACUGUUUAGUUUAUGAGUUUUGUUUUGUUAGUAAUGUGUUCUGCAGUAUAUUUGUGGAUGCUGUAAUGUGUUGUCAGUUUGUUGUUGAUACAUAGUCAGGCUACAUUUGUAGACUCACCUCAUGGUGUGUGAAAUUUGUUUCGUCAUGAUGGGAAGACCUGGAGUGACAACACGAGGCAUGUCGUGAACCGCAAGCAGACGAGACUGCGCACUCUGGCGCACAUCCUGCAUUUAACCCAAUGCCUGGCUGACACUUUUCACACGUUCAUUCAUAUCUUGUAAUUUUGUUAAUAAACUGAGGAGUUUUCUAA